AUGGCACUUCUAGAAGAGGAACUUGGAGAGCCAUGGCAAAACAUCUAUUCAGAGCUCACAACUUCUCCUAUAGCAGCAGCCUCACUUGGGCAGGUGUAUAAGGGUAGAUUAAAGGAAAAUGGGGAUUUGGUUGCUGUUAAGGUACAAAGGCCUUAUGUACUUGAAACAGUAACUGUUGAUUUAUUCAUCAUAAGGAACUUAGGAUUGGCUCUUCGACGUUUUCCUCAGAUAUUUUUGGAUGUUGUUGGGUUAGUUGAUGAAUGGGCUGCACGUUUCUUUGAGGAGCUUGACUAUAUUAAUGAGGGUGAAAAUGGAACAUAUUUUGCAGAGAUGAUGAAAAAAGACCUUCCACAAAUUGUGAUACCAAAGACUUACACUAAAUACACAUCAAGAAAAGUUCUUACUACACAAUGGGUAGAUGGUGAAAAGCUUUCACAAAGUACAGAAAGUGAUGUUGGGGAGCUAGUGAAUGUUGGAGUUAUAUGCUACCUAAAGCAGGAACGAAGGAAUAGGAGGAGCUGGACUGCCAGGAUGGACAGUGAAACCAUGAAUGGAAGCAGUGGCUGCACAAGCUUCCUAAACUUGAUGUUGGUUUUAAUUGUUACAGCAACACAGCCGGAGGAAGAGGAAGGUUGUAUUGAUGAUGUCACAGUGAGGAACCUGGGGAAGCCAGUUGAACUUGCUGGACAGUAUUACUUAGAUGGGGCUGAUGAGCUUUUUGAAUACACAUCAGAGAAUGUUUUUGUACCACUUACAGUUGGUGGUGGUAUCAAAGAUUUCACUGAUGCAAAUGGAAGUUUGGAGGUGGCUUCAGAAUAUUUCAGAUCUGGUGCAGAUAAGAUAUCUAUCGGGAGUGAUGCUGUUUAUGCUGCAGAAGAGUAUCUAAAAACAGGAGUAAAAACGGGAAAGAGCAGCUUAGAACAGAUUUCCAGAGUGUAUGGGAAUCAGGUCUGGAGUAAAUUAAAUUAA